AUGAAGCGACGGCGCAAAUCCUGUGUUAAAUUUAAAGAAACCGACCAAUCAGCGACGACGACGGCGGAGUUCUCCUUCUCUCUCACCAGAAUCGCCGUCAGUCAAAUUUGCCAAUCUGUUGGAUACAGAUCCACCGAUUCAUCCGCCCUCAAUACUCUAACCCUAAUCACCACCAAAUUCUUACAAUCCGUCGCCUGUCUCGCCGCGUCGUUCGCAAACACCGCUAAUCGCACGGAGGUUAAUCUCUUCGAUGUCGUUAAUGGUCUCCAGGAUAUCUCUUUAGCCACUUCCGAUUGUUUUCCCGGCGGCUCAACGUUGCACGACUCCGAAUCGCACUGCCUGAUCAAAUCCGCUGUUCUUCGUAACCUCUCCGAUUUCGUCACCUGCGCUCUUGAAAUCCCUUUCGCAAAGCCAUUACCGAGACCGGAAAUCGACGGAUCGUCGAGAGGAGAUUUGACACGUGUGGCUCGAUCGCCGGAGAUGAAAUCCAUUCCAGCCUGGCUUCCGCCUUUCCCGGACUCUAGCCUCUACCUCGAGCACUGUACACAGAAUAGAUCCGAGCAACUGUGGGAAAACUCCAAUUCUGUUACCAUUGGCGGUGAAACUUUGCUGAAGAAUUCGAAAUCUGAGAGUUCUAUAGAUAGAAGCGGUGGAAGAUUACCGCAGAGGAGAGCGAGAGUGAGAUUCAAAGUGGAACGUGACUGGAGCAACGGUGGUGGCUCUUGUACAAGUGAUACGAGACUGGAGCGGUUGCGGGAUGAUAAUGACGGCGGAUCUGGCCGUGAAUUUGAUUUUAAAAAUAAAAUUAUAGAUGAAUUUAUCUACAGUGCCGGUAUCGCUGCCGGCGAGUGGCCGAUUUAG